AGCCUCUGGGGUCGAUUUGUUCGGUUCGGUUUUUUCUCUUUUUUGUGUUUAUUUUUCCUUAUUCUUCUCGCUGGUUUUGUGUGUUGUGUGUGUCUCUGUGUCUAUGUCGCCCCGCAACCUCCCUCCCAACGCUGCCUCCCCCACGUGAUAAUGCCGCGCUGUCUGAUGGCCAAGAAGUGGAAGUCGUACCCGUGGCCCCAGGCUGCGGAGGAGGAGGAGGAAGAGAUCGACGUCGUAGGAGAUGCUGUCGGGCCUUCGCCCCAGUGCUGGGGGCCGUCUAGUCCCACCGCCGCCGCCACUGCCCCCAGUCCGCCUCCGCAGUCGCCGCUACCCUCCGACACUGAUACUGACCGCACCAUCCUCUACCAUACAGGCUAUGAUCUUCCCCACUACUCCGCCUUCCUCCCUCGUGAGCCGUCGGUCACGCCGCCGUCCUACGCCACCCUCCAGACGCCCUCGGAGUCCCUCAGGGCAGUUCCUCGGCCCAAGUCUCUGGCCAUGUGCUACACCAGCACGGGGGCCGCUCUGUCUCUGCCGCCGAAGAAGAAGGACAUCUACAGGCCUUACUCCCUGGACGACCGGCCCUCGUUGCCAUGGAGACCUGCCGAGGAGGAUCUGUCCGCCGCUCAUGCUAUCCUCGACCUUAGUGCUUCCACGCCUGCACCACUGCCACAAGUACAGGUAGAAAGCAAGCAGUCACAGGGCAAAACCGUCGCUUACACCUACGAGGCCUUCUUCAUCAGCGACGGACGGUCGAAGAGGAAAACGGUGCCAGGAAUACUGGAGGACUCGAGGCCGAAGUACACCUGCAGCGAGUGUGGCAAGCAGUAUGCCACAUCGUCCAACCUGUCGAGGCACAAACAGACACACCGGAGUCUCGACUCUCAGGCGGCCAAGAAGUGCAUGACCUGCGGCAAGGCGUACGUGAGCAUGCCGGCCCUCGCCAUGCACCUGCUGACCCACAAGCUGACCCACGGCUGCGGCAUCUGCGGCAAACUCUUCUCCAGACCGUGGCUGCUGCAGGGACAUCUCCGGUCACACACGGGGGAGAAGCCGUACGGCUGCGCUCACUGCGGGAAGAGCUUCGCCGACAGAUCCAACCUGCGCGCUCACAUGCAGACGCACUCACUCGACAAGAACUUCGAGUGUACCAGGUGUCACAAGUCCUUCGCUCUCAAGUCCUACCUCAACAAGCACCUGGAGUCCGCGUGCCUGGGGGAUGACGAUGUCCUGGGGUCGAACUCCCACAGCUAUCCUCCAUCCGUCUAGUCCUCGUUGUGGGUAGGAGUCCUCUUCUACUCUUCGGAUAUCUUCACUAACUAUCGACGACACUGUCUUCUAUUUUUUAGUUUGUCCUUAUCGAAACCGAAUUACUUUUCUAGUCAAAUCUAGUCACACCGCGAUACAGGGAGAUCCAAGAGGGAAGGGAUUCAGUGGCCUACGCCCUAGUCUCACGUAGCCUUAGUUAGACGCUGUGCACCGUCCACUUUACGUGUCUAGUCAGAGUAUCUAAGUCUUAGUUUUAACGAGAAUCAAAAGAGCGCUAUAGAUUUGUACCCGCGUGUUGUUAUAUCUUGUGUAUUAUUUCGGUUUCUAGUCGAGCGUACGCAUCGUUUCCGUUCAUGUUAGAUUCGUUAGAGCUAUGCGAUGAAGCGGUAGUUUUGUAAAUGAGUUUUCCGUUUUGCUCGUGUUCGAGUGUGAACAACGCGUUUCUAAACAACGAAGUAUUUAUCGAAAUAUACAACGAUGUACUAGUCAGUAUUUUGUAAGUAUCGGUAGACGUAAUUGUACAUAGGUGCACUUAUAUAUAGUUUCAUUGAUCCGUUUUGAGGUUAUGUUUGUAUUUUGAGGGUAACAUUUCAUCGAAAUGACCGUAUGACUUUUGAUCUCACCCGUAGAGUAGGCAGACCACAUUUAAGUUGCCGUUUAGGUGUUAGAGUAGUCAUAUAUGUCGAGUUUAUAGUUUCUUUGCAAACCAUGCUUGUGAACUCAUAUUCUCUCUUAUUCAUAUGAUGUCAAAGUUUAAAUGUAAAAUAGUCAUCAGUUUGGCAGCGAUAAAAGACAUGUAAAAAGACACAGAUUUUCUGGUUCACCAUCAAUAUUUUUUUUUAAAUCUAUAAAAACAGACGGACAGAAUGUUAUUUGCUAUGAUAUUCCUUAUUCAUUUUAAAUUGUGUACUACUGAAUUUUACAUUAAACUUUACACCCAUAAUUACUUCAACAUAUUUUCAAAAUUAUUAAGCAGGCAUGGUAUAGUGUUAUUUGACUGAGAUUUUCGAUCCAGUCAUUCAGCUAGAGUUCCAAAGAUAUUUGUAAUAAAAUGUAUGAAACUUUGUUUUACUGUAUAAUACUUCGUUUUAAGUCAUGUAAAGAGUCAUGUAUAUUAUACAUAAACAAAACGGAAUUGAAAUCACAAUUUACAAUUGGUCUAACUUUCAAUCUUUAUUCUAAAACUCCUCAAAAUUUGAUAACUUAUUAUGUUCCCAAACGAUAAAUAUUCGGAAAAUCAGAGAAAACAGUAAAUGUUCCGAUCAGUUUUGUUACUGUAAUAUAUUGUUAUUGAAGUUUCCGUUUGCUAUUCGUACCAUACAGUAACAUUCCAAGUUCUAGUCAGGGUCUAGUCCCUUAUUUUGUAGUGAUAGUGUAUAUAUUCGUGUAUAGAACGGCAGGGGAAGGUAUUUGUGCAAUAUGCAGUAGAUAGAGUGUGACUUGCGUUCCGUUUGCAUUUAUCAGUUAAAACAUUAAAAAAAAGGUGAUUCGCUCUGUUUUUAGGGGUUGCAAAUUUUUGCACAUUUCGUACAAUUUUUUUAGUGACUUGGUAAUGUUGUUUCAUUAAAUUGUAUGGUAUCACACAGGUAUACUUAUUCAAACCACACUUCUUUAAACUCACACUUAUUUUCUAUUGCGUGCAACAAUCUUUUUCUAAAUGCUUUAGAUGUAUUUUGUCUUCUCAUAUAUUUAAUUACCAUCUCCUUUUUACUACUUUCUCACUCAACAUGCUUAACAACAUAAAAUAUUUCAAAUAUAUAAAUACUGUUGAUAAAACAAUACAUGAAUCAUAAUUCCUUAUCAAUACUAAGUAACUACAUACAAUUAUUUACACAAUCAAUCAAAUUUCAUAACCAACUACUUUCUUUGCACUCCACCCUAUUCUUCUUCUUCUCUUCACCCUGUUUUACUCUUUCUCUCUUCUACUGUCGCUUCUUUAAUGCUCUAAAGUAUACCUUCUAAAACUACCCUAUACAGUACAGUAAUACUCUAUCGCACUCUUCCAACUAUCUCUUCUUCCUCUUCUUCUUCUUCUUCUUCUUCUUCUUCUUCUUCUUCUUCUUCUUCUUCACAACUACUAUCACCUUUCUUCUGUGUUCUUCUCCCAUCUGAAUCUGUCCACUUUAACCUUUCCCUGAGGCAUUUUUCCUCUGUUUACGCUUGACUGAGGUAAGUAGCCCAGAGCCGGGGGGGAGGGUUUAUUGGUUUUGGGGGGGGGGGUCGCCCCAUGUUUGCUCUGCGGCGUCAGCAAACAUCACCGCUCAGAUGUCGUUUGUUGUGCGUGUUUGGACGGGCUUAGAGUGCUAAUUGUGAGCAAAUAUAAGAGCGCAACAUCAUUAGGCGUGAUCCUGUAAGCUCAUUAGCAGGACAAAAGACACAACUGUUGUGGUCAGACGAAAAGGAUUUCGUCCGCAUUCAUUGUUGGUAACAGCAUUGAAUAUAUAAUACUUUAUUCAUUGGUAAAAGGCAAAAUAAACUUGUACAGUAUUCAAAGCGGUCAACAAAUAUGUCUUAUUAUUGAAGCGUCCACUAUAAGUUUUUUUUAUAUAGUACUAUAAAUAUGGUUGUAGUACUCACCGUAAAAUUUAUAGGUUGCUGAUUCAAUUUCAGAGUGGUCAAUUUUUUUAUAAAAAUCUGAAAUACGUCAAAAAAUUAAACAAAAUUUUAAAAUUAUUGUGUUUCCCUUUUUAAAACGAGUAUUUAACAAAGAUUGUUUGAAGCUAUAGUCACUAGUCCUUCUCAAGUAUUGUUCCACCCUUUACAAGAGAAGCGCCAGAACAGCCAGCAUUAGCGUAUGAAUGGGAACACAGAGCGCCAUUGUGACUGUAAAUCUUGCCGUAGCACCCCCGAACAAUAGUGGACGAUAUUUCAUCCCCAAGUAUUUUGCAAAGGUAAAAAGCACACGAUUCGCAAAUCCCGACAAUCCAGUAAUGGGUUUUAAUUCCGGUAAUAGUUAAAAACUCCAUCUCUCAUUCGGACGACAAUGAAUCCCCCACCCCCUAACGGCUCCUGGGGGAACUAACCCCUGCCAAACAAACAAUGUCAUUCCAACGUCGGGGAUUCGCUUCGUUUACAACAUUGCGAUGUUCUCUCACUCUCUCUCUAUCCCUCUAUUUCUCUCUAACUCUUUCUCGCUCUCUCUCUAUUUUCUGUCUCUCUAUCCUAUCGUCCCAAUGCAUACUCUCAUUUGCAUGCAAGUCACUACCUACUUUAGAAUAUGGAACUUUGAAAGUUGAUAAUUGUGGAAACUUAAAAUUGCUAUUGUAAAAGGGAGAUGGGAAAAACCUACUCUACACCACUGUUUUUAAAGUGUUGUUUCUUCGUACUAAAUUAUAUGCUACAUACACUAAUAUCCCACCAUUGGUAAUAAAAAUACACAUAAUGGGCACAUUUACACUCACCCUCUUUCCCAUCUCUUCUCAUCUAUCUCUUUUCUGUCUCUUUACUAGUCCACUCCUUCACCUGUACUUCUGUAUUGUCUUUUCUUCUUCUCUUCACCUUCCACCUACUUUUUACUUCUUAUCUCUAACUUCUGUGUCUAUCUGUCUUCCAUAGUGUACUUUCGUGGUGCUACUAUUUUUUCCAUUACAAGAUUUUUCGCUGACGUACUACUCUAUUCUUCUAAUUAAAUUUAUACUGAUCCCGUAUUACAGAGCGAAUCCCAAUUGAAACGAGUGGGUUCUAGUCAAUGAACAUUCCAACUAAGUACUUAAUUAGGAUAAGAAAUUUAGAAUAAGAUUGUAUAAAUAGCAUAAAGUUGUAAUAUAGAGCAAUAACUGACGAAAGUCAUUGUAACUCAGUCAUCGAUACUUACGUUUACAAUUAGAGUGUUAGGGUUGAAUUUUUGUAGAAAAUAGGUUGAAUGUUUCACCAAAUACGAAGCAAUGUUAUGAUCACUAUUCAGUAUUCGAAAGCGGUAAUAUUUACGUCAAUUACCUAAAAAAUAUUGUGUGCAUAAAAAAAGUGCGAUCAAGGAAUUUGUCUAUUUGUUACAGUUUUAUUGAUAUUGUUGAGAAAUGUAAAGUUUUAUUGUUAUUUGUUGGUAACAUUGCUUCCGGCGUGUGUGCACGUAGUGAAUGACGUAGUGUGUGUAGAUGACACUUGGUUUUGUUACUAGUUUUUGUAAACUUGUAUUUUGUACAUUCAUUAUUGGCGAUAGCGCGGGGUAAGAUGACUUUGAGAACGAAAACUAAUGAGUGUUUUUUGUAGUAGUUUGUAGGUUUUUAUAACGUUUACCAAAAACUUUACCUGGGUUUUAAAAUUGUUUUACUACUCAAUAAUGUGACUAAUGUGUUUACAAAUUGUUAUAUUGUCAAGUCAAUUGUAAGUUGUAAUAGUGUUUUACACUAGAUAUUAUUGGAAUGUGUCCAACAGCAAUAAUGCUAUGCAUAUUUACGAUCUUGUAUAGUUGUAAUACUAUUGUACUACUUGGAACAUCUGGAGAACAAUUGUACUGUACUAGUGUCAAUUUCGAGAUUUGUUUUGCUUGUUUACUUUUAUGGUACCAAAAAUUCUAAAAUACUUUUACAUUUAAUCAAAAGCAAUAUUGUAAGCAAUCAUGUAUGUCGAGUGUUCAUAAAAAGCAAUAUAUUUGUGAAAGUUCUUGUUCGAAAGGUGGUUUUAUCCUGUAAAAGCCUCGUAUUCACAAGCAAUAAUAUUGUAGGAGGGGGAACCCCCGCAAUAAUGCGUAGAGCAAUAUAUAUAAUAGUAAUAUAAACGUAGGUUAAGUUAUACCCGUACAAGCUAGAUAUAUAUCACUCAUUCCCUUUCCAUUUUGGAUUAAAGAGACAUUACCAACUGGGACUUCCUAUCUUUCAUUCCAUUUCAACGAAGAACAAGCAUAAUGUGAUAGUUAUUGUUGACGUCUCCUUAAUUCAAAGUUUCGCCAGUAGAUUUGCUCAAGUUUGUUUGUCACUUAGGCCACGCCCCUCAUCCCAUCUCACCUAUCGUUUUACAAAUAGUGAUCGAAUUUUGUAUUAUAUUAUUAUAUUUUCGUAAUAAAUAGAUUGUAAAAUGUGAGAA